AUGACAUUCGUAAAUCUAUCAGAGACCUUUAAUCGUGCUCUUCCUCGAGUCCUUUCACGAAGUUAUACAGAUCUUGCUCGCAGGUGCUUCGGAUGGGUUGCAGCCGCACAGAGACCUUUGACCCUCGACGAACUCCGAGAGGCAAUUUUCAUUGAAAUCAAUCAACGCCAAUCAAUACCAGAGCGGCUUCCUAAUGAUAAUCAUUUGAUCUCGUCCUGGUGCGAAAAUCUCAUCGUUUUCGAUGAGGAGGAGGGCAUUGUUCAGUUCGCGCAUCACACCGUUCGAGAAUUCCUGACCACGCGAUGUCAGGAUUCUGAACUGAACACUUUUCAUAUCAAGCUCAAAGAUGCCGAUCAUUUUGUCGGUGAAAUAUGUGUCACUUGUCUCAACUUUGGUGACUUCAAGACCGGUCUAACCCGACUGCCAAAGCUACAACAAUCGAUGCCCCGUAUACUUCCCUCUAAUAUAGCCCGAAGCGCGUUAGGAUUUUCCCCGGCAUCCAAGAUUUCCAUGAAUGCCCUCAGGAAGUUUAUACCUGGUUCUGGGCUCAAUAAUUCAAUUUUCGACGUCGUUGGAAGCUUAGCCAGCUUCAACGAAGAGCCUAUCUUGCCCAUGUUGAAACUGCGGCGGGAGCACCCUUUUCUUGAAUAUGCUUCUUUUUACUGGUUUGAACAUACAAGACGAUUCAAGAAGACAUCCUCAAAAACCUGGGACCUCUGGCAGAAAUGGGUGGAAUACGGACAAAGCUGGGUCCAGUUCCCCUGGACGACACAACCACUCAGAUCUUACUUCCCCGAUCCACCAGGUGAACUACCUGACCAUGAUAUUGAGUACCUUACUUACUAUAGGAGUCCAAACCAGCCACUGAGUCUGACGCGAAACCAACCACUGAAUUGGUUCUUCAGCAGCCGACACACUGCGCUUGUGUGGCUCAUAUUCCAUACCGUUGCCAUCAUCCAGACCGAUCAAACUCCCGAGGAGAUCGAUAUUACACUGCUCGCACAGUCGAUACAUGCAGACAGCACUCUACUGCUUGAUUCCAUAUUGUCGGCUUCCUAUUCCGUGCCGUACCUUCUACAAACACCCAUUUACGGUCUACUUGGGCAUUCGGGUGAUAUUUACGUCCCACGAGGGAACAGGAAGUUCAAUGCACUGCAAUCAGCUUCAUCUAUCAUCGAAAGGAAACGAAUGGAAGGAGGACCUGUACAUGACUGUGGCUCAGAAAGUAUUGGAAAGACUGCACUACACUUUGCUUCGGAAUGGGGGAAUCAAGAAAUUGUCAGACUGCUCCUGGAGGCGGGAGCAGAUGCGAAUGCCCUUCUUAAUUCUGCGAAUGAGGGCGUGACCGCAUUGCACCUCGCUGCUAAGGGCGGACACGUGGAAGUUGUUCAGCUCCUUUUGGAGGCAGGAGAAAAUAUUUACGCCUAUACUCCUCCAUAUAAGACCAUCUAUAGAUGUGUCCUCGACUUGGACAAUCUACUGGGAGGCUACACAGCGCUACAUCUAGCUGCUUCUCACGCAAAAAAUGAGGUCGUGAAAUUCUUAUCGAGGCGGGAGCAAAAUUGGAUGCCGUUAGUAUCGGAGAUGGUCCCUCUGUUACUGCGAAUGAGUUAG